GACGUGGUGGAGCUGUUGGUGCCAAGUUUAGAAUCUCCCUGGCACUUCCAGUUGGAGCAAUCAUUAACUGUGGAGAUAAUACAGGUGGAAAGAAUCUGUUUAUUAUGGCUGUUGCUGGAAUCAGAGGUCGUCUUAACAGACUUCCAGCUGCUACAUGCGGAGAUAUGGUUCUCGCUACAGUAAAGAAAGGAAAGCCUGAGCUGAGAAAGAAGGUUAUGCCUGCUGUUAUCAUUAGACAGAGAAAAACAUUCAGGAGAAAAGAUGGAACGUUUAUAUACUUUGAAGACAGUGCUGGGGUUAUUGUAAACAAUAAAGGAGAGAUGAAGGGUUCAGCUAUUACAGGUCCUGUUGCUAAGGAGUGUGCUGAUCUAUGGCCAAGGAUUGCUUCCAACGCGAGUUCUAUUGCCUAAUUAUCCCUCACAUAUCCUCCCUGUUGUUUACAUUUAAUAAAACAGAAUUAUAAAACGAUA